AUGUUAGCAUAAAGUCUAUAAGGUUAAUUGUAAGUUCCAAGAUUAAGUGCUGGAGUAAAUUAAAAUAUAUAAAUGGGAUAAGGAAUGAUUCAACCGAAUUUUGGAAUUUAAUCAUAAAAUUCUUAAUAAACAUUUAUGCCUUUACCUUAUCCAGGUAAUGUAUAAUAUAAUGGAUAAAUGCCAUUUUAAUAUUCAAUGCCAAUCCAUAAUUUAAAUUAGGGAUAAAUAUCACAGCAUUUGAUAAAUUAUUAAUAACAGCCAUUAGUUGUUUAAAAUUUAAUUUAAUCUUAACCAUAAAUUUAAUAUCAAUAAUAAGUUGUUUAACCACCUCCAUUUUAAAUAACCUAACCUGCUUAAGUAGAAAGAAAAGUUAAUUAUAUACCAUAAAAAAAAUAAAUAGUCAAAAUGGAAGAAUAAGAAAUUGAAGAAAUAGUUCCUAUAGAAAGAACUAUAGUAGAAUAUAUUCCUGUUUAAACAAUCAUAGGUAUAAAUUAAUUAAAUUAUUUUUUAGAGAAAGUACCAAUUCCUGUUGAAAUUCCUUAUGAAGUUAUGAUACCUAAACCUUAUCAAUAAGAAAUUAAAUAUCCUAAUCCAUAAAAUUAAUUUAUUACAGAUGAUAUGGGUAAUCCAAUAUAUAAUCCUGAUAAUUUAUAUAACAAUAGAGUUCUUUAACCUACUUCAACUAAUUAUAUAUAAGAACCAGAAAGUGAUGAUGAUGAUGAUGACGAAGAUUAUGAUGAAUAAAUAGAAAAAUAUACUAAAAUUUUAGAAGAUAUUAAAGAAAGAAGAAGAAGAAGAAGACCAAAUAGAUAAGGAUCAAGUUCAAAUGAUGAAAACAAUUUCAAUUUUAAUCCAUACAAUCGUUAUUAUAAUAGUAAUAGAAAUGGAGAUUAACGAUAAUCAUAAACUAGAGGAUAUCAUGGCAGAGAUAAAAGUGCCAGAGAUUAUUUAAAUUAACAAAGAGAUUGA